UAGCCCCCAGCAGCAGGAGUGUCUGUCAGCGAAAUAAGCCCCCAAUCCAGUUUACACCGGUACAUCCCUGAUUCUGAGCCUCCAAUAUGUACUAAUGAAUAAUGAGCAUCUGCCCAAGGGAAAAGAAUUAAGUGAAUGUAGUGAUUGUCUACGGGACAGCAUUGCAACCUACAGAUCCUUUAUCAACCUCAUUUCCAUGCCAAUGUAUCUCAGCCCUGACCCACAGGGCAACAGGUCCAGAAGAUGGCAUAGUAAUAAAUUAACCUUCCAGCGAGCUGGGGUCCUUUUUCGCCUCUGCAUGCAAUGUUUGGACUGAUCUGAAGCUUUCGUUUUGGACUGAAGGGACUUGUCCACUGCUUGCCCUGGAAACCUUUCUCUCCUAAUUCAUGAGCCAGCAGGAUGCGGUCGCUGUGCUUUCAGAACGCCUUCUCAUAGCUGCGUACAAAGGCCAAGUGGAUAAUGUGGUGCAGCUUAUCAACAAGGGUGCCAAGGUAGCAGUUACCAAGCAUGGCCGUACCCCUCUACAUCUUGCUGCCUACAGGGGGCAUCUUCGUGUUGUGCAGAUUUUGCUGAAGGCAGGCUGUGACCUGGACAUUCAGGAUGAUGGUGAUCAGACAGCCUUGCACCGGGCUACUGUUGUAGGAAAUACAGAUGUAAUAGCAACUCUCAUUCAAGAGGGGUGCGCUUUGGACAGACAAGACAAGGAUGGGAAUACAGCGCUUCAUGAAGCAUGUUGGCAUGGAUUCAGUCAGUCUGCCAAACUGCUGGUUAAAGCAGGAGCUAAUGUUCUUGCCAGAAACAAGGCAGGUAACACACCGCUGCACUUGGCCUGCCAAAAUAGCCAUUCACAAAGUACUCGUGUUUUGUUACUUGGAGGGUCUCGGGCAGAUCUCAAAAAUAAUGCAGGAGAUACCUGUUUGCACGUUGCUGCUCGUUAUAAUCACUUGCCCAUCAUUAGGGUACUCCUCAGUGCUUUCUGUUCUGUCCAUGAAAAGAACCAGGCUGGCGAUACUGCACUUCAUGUAGCUGCUGCAUUAAAUCAUAAAAAGGUGGUCAAACUCUUACUGGAAGCAGGGGCUGAUGGGUCAAUUGUCAACAAUGCAGGUCAGACUCCUCUAGAGGUUGCUAGACAGCAUAAUAAUCCUGACGUUGCGCUUCUCCUUGCUAAGGCACCACAGGUCUUGCGCUUUAACCGUGGAAGAAGCCUUAGAAAGAAGAGAGAAAAGCUCAAGGAGGAAAGACGAGCUCAGUCUGUGCCAAGAGAUGAGGUGGUGCAGAGCAAGGGCAGUGUCUCAGCUGCUGAGGAUACUCACAGCAGUGAUCAGGUGCCUCAGAGGAAAGGAGAUCUGAAAGAUGAACCACGGUCAACUUCACCAGAGCCCAAAGGAAAGAACAACAAAAAGAAAAAGCCAAGAGAAAAGAUUUCAGCACUCUCAGACCCUGCUUCACCAGCUGACCAGCAGACACUCCCUGGUCCCCAGCAGAGCUUACCUAAGCAUCGUAGAAGUAAACAUCGUUGCUCAUCUCCACCACCCCCACAUGAGUUCAGAGCCUACCAGCUUUACACACUGUAUCGUGGAAAGGACGGUAAAGUAAUGCAGGCCCCAAUAAAUGGAUGUCGUUGUGAGCCACUGAUUAAUAAACUGGAGAAUCAGCUGGAGGCAACUGUGGAGGAGAUAAAAGCUGAGUUUGGGACAGUGCAGGAUAAGAUGAAUAUCAAGCUGGGCCAGAUGGAAAACAAAACUCAACAUCAACUCCGUGUUUUAGAUAAGUUAAUGGCUGAGAGGCUGUCUGCAGAGAGAACAGAGUGCCUUCAUCGCCUUCAACAGCAUGCUGAGCUCGAAAAAAAUGAGGGAGAGAAACGGCAGAUUUCCUUGGUGGAUGAAUUGAAAACCUGGUGCAUGUUAAAGAUUCAGAAUCUGGAGAUGAAGCUUUCUGGAGAUUCUAGAUCUUCAAGACCAAAAUCAACUCUGUCCACUUGUGAGUCCCUCACAGAGACCCUGGAUACAGAGAACCUCCACAGUGCGAAGGACUGUAAAACUAACCAGAGCCCACCACAGUCAGAGGACUCACAGCAGCAUUCCUAUAUCACACUUCAGAAUAGUCUCUCAGAAGACAUGGGAAGGAGUAGAGGCCAGACAUCAGAACAAAGCUUUGGAAAGCAUUAUUUUGCUGUUGAACAAGACACUGCAUCAGGUGCAGAGCAACAAAUGACAGCUGCUGGUCCAGCUCCUUCUGCAGUCCCUCAAGUUGUUAGGCGUAAAGACAAAGCUUUUAGCUCCACUGCUUUCGACAGGUUCCAGCAGGAAGAACCAUUGUCAGAGCAUUCAGGUUCCAAAUUAAGACAUGUUAAGGUACAAACUGCUUUGCACCCCUUGACUGAAUUUGCAAAGACUGAGCAACAGAGUGGCUACUUCAUAGACAAAGGAACUCAAACAAAGAAGUCUGGCAAAAGUGGGCAGUCAAGACACAGGCCCCAGCAACACACAGUAACACAUCAUACCCAGCCACAGCAACCAUCCGCUUUGCCUGGAGAUCAACCAGCCCCUCAGAUCAAAGACACUUCACAAGCUUUGGAGAUUACUCAGUACUUUUUUGAGGCUGUUUCCACUCAAAUGGAAAAGUGGUAUGAGCGGAAGAUUGAAGAAGCCCAGUGCCAAGCUAAUCAAAAAGCACAGCAAGACAAAGCUGCACUCAAGGAGCAUAUUAAAAGUUUAGAAGAGGAGCUCAAUAAAUUAAGGACUAAGGUGCAAAAAGAAAGCUAGCGUCAAGGAAACAGGUGCAGGCAUGGAAAUUGAGGAAUUAGUUUUUAUGUGAACGGCAGUGUGGCUGAUUUGGGGAUCUAUUAGUAUGUAGAAUAUUGCACCCAAUACUUACAAAUAUAAAAACUGCCUCUUUUUAAUGAGAUGUAAUUUUAGAAUUUAGAAGUUCCAGAAAUACCAGGAUCAAAUAUCCAAAAAGACACUGUCUGUGUAGUCAUAACAGUAAGUCUCUGCAGAUUGGACACUCUCAUGAGAUACAUUUUACCAUGAUCCCAUACAAUUUUACAGUCAGAGAUAAGAAUUGCCAGGUACUUCAUCAUCAGGUACCAAUAACCCAAAUCACAUUCUGAAGGGAGAGUUUUCCCAUUUCCUUGUAGGUCACAAAAAUCACCCAAUGGAAAUGGUUUUGUUAGAAAUAAGUUACUUGUUUACAGAAGCUUCCCACUGAUACUUUCCUUUGCCUUGGGUUUGCAUUAUUCAAGCAUAUUAUAACUUUGACUUCUCUUUAAUUAUUGUUUGAAUAGUUAUUGCAGGUUACAUGAUUAGUGAAGGUAUCUAUUCAAGUAACCUUAUUGAAAAGUUGUACCUUUCUUAUAUCAGAUGAGUGGCAAAUAUUUUACCAAGUCCUCACUAUGUUUUAUGAGCAGCAGUACAUUCAUAGGCAAGACUCUUCCUCUGAGAUGCCUAAAUUCCAAUUUUCUAUAGGAGCAUGAAACACAUAAACCCAGCGUGAAUUCCUGGCUCCACUGAAGUAAAUGGCAAAACUCCCAUUAUCUUCAGUAAGGCCAGGAUUUCACUCCAAAUGACUUGCCUAGAAUGUUGUCUCUAGCACCUCUUAAGUGACCCCCUCUUUCUUUUGCUUUCCCACGUCCUUUUCUCUUUAGGGGGGGGGGGGGGGGGAAUUAGAGACCUUGUAUGUCCAUUGUUUUCUAAAGGGAAAUCCAUUCCAGACCACCACAUCUUUUGUCAUAAAAUGAAAACUUUGAUGGAUAGAAAAUUCCCCACUGUGAACUGCUAUUGAGAAUCUUUCACCUUAUUAUUUAGUAUUUAUACUGCAGUAGUAUCGGAAGGCCUCAACCGUGUUGGGCCCCAAUUCUACUCAGUAAUGUACAAGAUAGUUGCAGCUCUAUGCCUCUAGGGCUUCGUGCUUUAAUCUAGUAGGAGACUCCAGAAGAUACUGAUAAUAGGGACAAGGUUAUUUAACAGAGAUCAUGAUAGCCCAGGAACAGCUAUCCUAAAUCAUUCCACUGAAAAAACUGUUUUUUCCCUUGGCAUAAUAUUGCAAACAAGCAAUCUCUUGACACUGGAAAUCAAGAUGAACAAAACAUACUUUACAGUAUUGUAAACAUAAUGUUAACUCUUUAGAAAUCGAGCUUGUAUCUUUUUAGUAAAUGUAUAAAGCAAAGAAAAUUGUAUUAUAUUACAGUAUUUUUAAUUCCUAUUAAUGCACUAUUAAGACAAGUACAGUAUAGCUGUAGUAAUGGGGAUAUUUGUUAGUGCUAAUACUUUGACUUCAGUAGUCAAAAAUAAAGAAUUAGACAUUUUUGUAUGUUUACAACUUUUUUAAGUCAAUUGUUUAAGCUAAUGUAGGAAUGCAGAGGCAUGUUGUCUAUUUAAUUUUUGUAUCAUCUUGAUAAAAAGUGAAUGUUUUUGCAUAGUAAUUAAACAUAAAUGUUGCUCAGAAAGCUAUUUUUCCUGUGUUUUCUAGCUUUACAGAGUUGAUCACAUUGAAAACUGUAGCUAGAGAGUAGGAAAUGAGAGGCAGUUUAAAAUAAUAAAUACAGAGGAACCAGGGCUGUCAAGCAAUUAAAAAAAUUAAUUGCAUCAUUAAUAAUAGAAUACCAUUUAUUUAAAUAUUUUUGGAUGUUUACUACAUUUUCAAAUAACAACACAGAACGCAAAGUGUACUGCGAUCACUUCAUAUUUAUUU